GUGAAAUAUUGAAAUUAAUUGGCUCUGAAAUAACAAAGUGUGGGCAUGCAGUGUGAACAUAUAAAGAAAGACUACUAGUACUGAGCUAAAGAGAUCAUUGAGAGAAGACAUGCUCAGAAUAAGCUAGAGGUGACAGUGACACAGUACUAGCAUAAUGGGAGGGAGUCAGUCUCAGGAGACCCACUCUACCAUUGGUCUGCCACCUUCCUCCUUAUACCGCCCAGAGAGGACACAGUCGUUGAGUGCGCCUCGUGAACACUCCUCCUCUGUUAGACAACACCAACACAGACGCGUAUAUCAAAGCAACACUGUAACACAGAGUAGUGAUGACUCCGACGAAUGGCUAAGAGUCGACCCCACACCCACCACACGACACGCCCAUGCACCACCACCCCCUCCCCCACCUCGACCACACCACACACCAUCACCAGACAGCCGUCCAACCAGAAGAGAGCCACACCCACCUGCUCACUCGCUAAGAGAAUUCAAUGACUAUGAUUUAGAGCAGUUGCUGUCAACUCUACACAGUCUGAGGUUAGACUCACGAAGAAGCUCAGAGGGAGUACAGCAAGAAGAGCCAGGAUCUGAUAGGACGGAGAGGAGGAGAAGACAACACCACGGUGGCAGUAGUAGUAGUGGGAGACGGAGCCACAGACUCAGACACCCACUCCUGUUCCUCAGACCGCCAGUGCCAAAUGUGAAGUGUCCAUUGUGUUUCAAAGAGUUCCCUUCCUCUGAGCUGGAGGACCACAUCCCUGCAUGCUCACAGAGACCAAGAGUACAAUUCAAUGAGGACAAACUGCUUCAAGAUGCUGGGGAGUGCAGUAUCUGCCUGGAUGAUAUGGAGGCUGGUGACGAGAUUGCAAGACUGCCAUGUCUCUGUGUCUACCAUCUACAUUGCAUAAGAGGCUGGUAUAAGAAGAGCCAGACUUGCCCUGAGCACCCAGACAUGAAGGGCGUCUAACUUGUGGGACCAUUGAAUAUUUUGUCAUGUGUAUUUGUAUGUGUGAACGAUUAAUUUUUUGCUCUGUAAGAGAAAUAAAAGCUCUUUAUUUAUGUAUCACAAACACUCGAUAAUUAUUUUUGAUUGAGGCACUUAAUUGAUUAUUUUUUAUCCCUUUA